GUGGUAGAUUCUUAAAUUCAAAUUCAAAAUGUCGGACGUCGGUUAAAAAGUUCCAUUUGGUUUGGUUUUGUUUUACCUUGCAUUUAGUUUUGAUUUUAAGUUAUAAUUUUGUGUUUAUUUUAACCUUUUAAUAAAUUAAUGAAUUAAUAAAAAUGCCACGCACAAAACGGCCUGUGCGUAAACAAGAACAAGCUCCGGAACACGUCGAAGCUCUAACAAAAAUUGAUAAAGCUGUAACAGAAUGGAAAAAAAAGUUUGAUGCCAAAGCGCUUGUAGAAAUAAAGAACAUCGAGAUUUCCUUCAGGAUUUACUUGGGAGCCAUCAGCGUCAGUGAUUUAAAUAAAACUGUAGGACAGUUGAAAGCAACCCCAACAAAGCAAUCCACAGCGAGGCACUCCAGCCGUGCUGUCUCCCACGAUGAUGGGUACUUAUCAGCGCAUUCUACGGAUGGCUCUGCCGGGAAGAACACUAAAACCAUAGCUCCGCCCACCACGUCGCGCACGGGCGGGCGGCGCUCGCGCUCGGCUGACGCGUCGGCGCGCUCCAUCAAGACUACGAGCUCGUCGCGCGCCACCACGCACCGGCGCCGCUCGCGCUCCGUGUACAAGACGCCGGCCGCCCCCGCGCACCCCGCCCACCCCGCGUACCCCGCCUCCGUGUACAAGACCCCCGCGUACAACAAGAACGCGCCGCUGCAGUACCCCGCCAUCACGCCCAAGGUGGCGCCCAACACGGCGCUGGCGCUCCUGCGGCAGCCGCGCCAGGGCGAGAUGGUGUUCUCCAUGUCGGGCUCGCCGCUCAUGGCUUCUACCUACAACACUAUGAAACCCAACGAGAAGGCUCACUGCAACAUAGUGCUGCAAGAUGGCACAAUGCUGUCCCUCCAGCCUCAGCAGCUGCGGCCUUCGGAGCACUCCAUCCCCUUCUCCCUCAUGGACAACACGGUGCUGAAUCAGCUCAAGACGCUCAAAGACAACCUGGACAAGGUCGUCAAACUGGGGGAGAAGGUCAUUGAUUGAUUGUAACUGUACCUUGACUUAUUAUUAUUAGUAUAAUUGAAACUAGGUAACCCUGUGGAUUUUAUACCACUUAAAGCGAUGACUUAUUACUGCGUUGCGUAGCGAUCAACGUAUUGUAUGCCACACCUGGGUUGCGACCUCGUUGAAGACCUCGCAGAUAAUUACAACACAAAGCAUUAUUAAUAAUUACAACUAAACAUUAUUGCACAAACGCGACUGGCAGCGUGACGGUGUUCACUCUGCUCACAAACAACAUUGGUGUUGAUGGUGGAUUGUGUGUUGGUCGCGAUCGGCAUGAUGUCAUGUUCAUUGCGAUCAACACACUAUCAUGCGCUGCAUGCAUGUGAGAUUACUUGAUUGUCAGUGGCUGUCAUAAGCGUGUUGGUCGAAGCGUUUCACUAUAAGGCCAUUGACUAAAACAAUAUUCAAGCGUUUGUAUGUAUUAUUAAUAGUAUUAACAAAUAUCUCAAUUCUUGAUAAACAUAAAAAGUCGUGUAUUUAGAUAGCACAGACUUUAUACAAUCUUCAAUUUUGUUUCCUAAUAAAUAAAAUUCAACAUCAAUGUAUAAUAGUUACAGGUUAUAUUAUAGUUCUUUAAUAUUUUAGUGUAUGUAGAAUAAGUGCUCACCAAACACGACGUGCCCGUUUGAGCAAGUAGUUGCGGCAACAGUCUGUUGAAGAAUGUCUCUGUAUAUAAUCUGUUGUGGAUGAGUUUAUUUUGAGUGGAUUUCAUUUUGCAUGCUAUAUAUUUGUUUUUCCUAAUUAUUGAUGUUAUGGCUGAUUUAUAUUAUAUAGCAAGAGUGUGAGUAAUUAUAAUUUUAAAGUGGUUUUCAGAUAGCAUGGGUACGGUGACAGUCGCCUGUAUGACGUUCAUAAUACGUACUAUUAUCGUGAAUCGCGGAAAACUUUCAAGAGUGAAACGAACUGUCACCCGCACCAUACUACAUGAAACGUACUGUAGUAAUAAUGUUUGACUUUAAUUUACUAUGUAAAACGUAAAACAAGAUGUAUUAAUUAUUAUAGAUUAUAGUUGUCAACGUAUUUUCCACACCUAAUCGUUUAGUCUUCAUAUAAAGUGCCCAUUUUGUUAUUAGUCUAAGAUCCGGUAUAUAAAAUAUUUACUCUCAUCUGUUAUUCAUUAGUGCUGUGAAAUAAGUGAUAGUGACACAUUGCAAAUAGGUUGCCUAAUUAAAUUGCGGCCAAACACAUUUUUCAUACAAAAUCUAGGAAACCAUGAACUACAUCAAAUGCAAGCUGAUACAAUAAAUUAAGCAAAAGAAGAUUUAAUUUGACAUAUCAGACGGCUAAAUAGCUGAUGAGGGUAGAUAAAUAACAUAACUUAACUAAUGAUUUUAAACUUAUUUCGUGGUUGUUCAUUACGUAUAUUAUUUAAACGGGUACAUACCACGAUAAAAUUACGAGAUUUUUAAUGUCGAUAUUUGGACCCAGUUGCAUGGGUCGUGGUCACGACGGGACUGAAGUUGCGAGGAGAUGCGAAGUUGACAUCAGCUGUUAGGGGCAGAAAUCGAAAUAGGGGUCGAAAUAUCGACAUUAAAAAUCUCGUCGUUUUAUUGUGGUAAGUACCCGUUUAAAUAAUAUUUAUACAUGACUUAACUGUUUAUAUCUGGCAACCCCACAGUUGCAGUGUGAAAACAGGCAACCAUUAUUUCAAUUCUUUUCAGUAUAUUCUAUUAACUAGUGUACGACUUUUCAAUCUAUGAGGAAAUGAGAUAUAAUAUUAUAUAAAAAUUAUGCAUUAAAUACUAUCCGUCCGCAAUUUAACUAGGCAACCUAUGUGCAAUGUGUCAGUGUAAAGAGGGUAUAUAUUUGAUAUGCCGGAUGUACUAUAUCAUUAACAGCAUUUUUGACAUCCCAUUACAGGGCCAUUCUUUAAAUGGCACCUAGAGAUUAGACCCACCAUGCUGCUCCAAUGUGAGUUGGUGGGCAUAGGGUGAUAAUGUUUGACUAUUAACUAUCACUAUCAGAUGUUAAUGAUGGGCUAUUUUGUCAACAGGAAAAAAAUUAAGAGAUGGUAGUCUUUACAAAUAGUCAACCUUGAUGUUUGAAAAGUGCUUGUAAACAAAGCCUACUUGAAAUAAAUUAAUUUUUAAUUUAAAAAAAAACAUCUUAAAAUUGAUUUUAAAAGCAAAAUGGCUUGAAGUAAAGCUAAAGUAUUUGCAACUUGGUUAGUUAAAAUAUAUAAUUAUUAUAUUGUCAUCAAUAUAAUGUUGGCUAUUGUAAUUAUUAAUUAUUUUCAUCUAAUGUAUAGUUAUAUAAUAAUGAUUUUUUUAAUUAAAGACAUUUUAUUCAGUGUCAAA